AUGAAUUCUCCUCAUCCCAUUUUGAAAAAAGUUUGUGGAUUUGCAGUUCCUGGUAAAAUCACUGCUAUUUGUGGACCGACAGCGAGUGGAAAGUCGACACUUCUUCGAAUUUUAUCCAACCGAGGUUUACACAAACAUUACAGUGGAGACAUUUUAAUCAAUGGACAAAUUUGCAUGAAUACACAAUUGCAAAUGGAUCGAGAUGUGUCUACCAAGUACAAAUCAUUGGUGUCUUUUGUCUCGAAAGAUUUUUCACCGUCCAACAUGCCACUCACAGUGAAAGAAAUUUUAUAUUUUGCCGUUCGUUUCAAGGUACCAUUAUAUUCGAACAAUCCACUCUGGACUACACGAGACGAGAGAUUGAGUUUGCUAUUGAAUGCCUAUGGAUUGAAGAAUAAGGAAAAUGCACCGUUUCAAACACUUUCUUCUGGUGACAAGCGAAGACUUUCUAUUGCUGUUCAAAAUGUACUCUUUAAUAGAGUGAUUCUUUUAGAAUAUCCCACCGAUGGCAUUGAAUUUGGUGAGUCCUUUCAUCUCUUAAAAAAGAUGCAAGUUCUCGCCAAUUUGGGAAUUACCAUUGUCAUGUGUCUACAUAGGCCAUCCAUUCUCGAAUUAGAACUAUUUGACUAUGUCUCUAUUUUAUAUAAGGGAAGCACCAUUGGAAAACCCAACAUGAUACAGGAGUACUUUAACUUAAUUGGUGUACAGCUUCCACUCUAUAGACAGAACGUUUUGAUCUCUGUAUUGGAAUUAUUGAAACUUCAUGAGUUAUCCAAAUCCAGCGAUGAAAACGAUCAACAAUUGGUUCGUGAAUGUUUGGGCGGUAGCGAUGAAAAAUCUUAUGAAAAACGUGAUCAUUUGAAUGUAGAAUUUGAACAGAGAAUGGACUUAUUUUACAUUCCACAAAAACAACGGGAACAAGCUCCUUAUCUUCAAUACAAGAUUGAAGAUAUGGAAACAGAAAAGUAUUAUUCUGACUACUUUUUUUCAAUUUUGUUUUUGUUAAAGAGAAGCUAUUUGGUCAAAUUUAGAAGAUGGAAGACCGAUAUCUUGUCACCAAUUCUUGAAAAAUUAAUUGUCUCUGUAUUCAUUGGACUGCUAUAUUUGCAAAUUGAACCUACCAAUAUGACACUCAAAGGAAAAAUUUUUUCUUUUCUCAAUUUAAACAUUCUGUGA